GGGCAGAGCAGCAAUGCCAGGGGGGCACUUGCAUUGAAUUCCACAUCUCUCAAGCAAAUUUUGGCUCACGCUUCUGGGUCUUUGGUGGGAAUCCUUCUGAACAUCUCUCAAAAGCACACUCAGAGAGGGGCUGUUACAGACCGAUGGGGCAGAGCUCAAAGCAGAGCAUUUCCUGGCUUUUCCUUCUCUUGAAAGGCCAGUCCGGGGUUAUUUGAGGGGUUUCUGUGCCAUCCCAACCUCCCACAUGUGCUGGGGUGGCUGCCCAGCCCUCAAAGCAAGCUUUUGCUCGCCUGGGCAUUGGCACAAGGUCAGCAUCCCCUGGCAUGGAGGGAGCCUGCCCAGGGAAGCAUGAAGCAAGACAGGCUGUCUGGGGCUGUUCCCAGGGAUGCAUCUAGGAAUGUACUGGGUCACAUUGAAAGAUGUGACACUAACACUGCACUGUGGGUUCCCCCCAAGCCUCACAGCCUCAUCAGCAACAUCUUCAAAUUGGAUCCUGUCGAGAUGAGCAUUCCUGGCUUAUCCCACGCCUUUGCUACAGUGACCUUCACUCCAGAACAAAAGGAGGACUACCAGUGCACCUUCACAGCUUCCCUUGUUAGCCCAAAAAGCAGGUCUGUGAAGAUGAAACCCCAAGAGCUGACCUUCACUGUCAGUGGAGAGGGGCACGUGCCUCAGGUGACAGUCGAGUGCCCGGGCCUUCGGAGUAAGAGAGGAACCCCUGUGCUGCGCUUCAGGAGGCUCCUGCUGGGGGAUUCACAGACACUCCCCCUGGUCCUUCGUAACAAUGGCAUCAUACCCACAAAGUUUACAGUUCAUAUCAUGGAUGACCAGGGAGUUUUCUUCCUGAAAAGCACGCAGUCCGCACUCCGUGCCUUCCACACUGCAGACAUGGAAAAGGACUCCACUGGAAAAGCCAAGAAGCCUUACCUGCUCCUGGAACACGGGCAAUCAGCAGAGUUUGAUGUGUUUUUCAAACCCACCCUGGCCCAACGUCUGAAAGGGAAGAUCCGUGUGCCAGUGUCAGGCAACAGUGAGAUCGACAUAGAGCUGGUGGGUGAAGGCCACAAUGAUGACUUCACCCUUGAUAACCUCCCUGGACUAGCAGAAGACAGCCAGGAGAGCAAUGCUGAGGGCAAUCUGGAGGACGACAUCAUUGAGGCUGUCAGAGCGAAUCACAUAAAGUUUGGGGAGUGUGCAGUCAGGGAGCUCUGCAACAAGACCUUCACAGUCACCAACCGCAGCAAGGAGGAGGUGAUGCGGUUUGAGUGGCUGCUGGCAGAUGCCCCGUUCCAGUUCUCCCCCAAGGUGGGACACCUCCAGCCUGGCUGUGCCAAGAAUAUCAGAGUGACCUUGAAAUCCAAGGUCCCAGUCACCAUCAAAAGGCACUCUGUGAACUGUAAGGUGGCCAAGAUCAAAUACCAGCUGCCACAAGAGGAGGUUUGCGACUGGGAUGACAGAAUGUGCACUGAGAAGUGGGAGGAUACCACCGAGAGACUCCCGGGAGCCCGCUGGCCUUUGAAGCGGAGGGUGGUCAAGGCAGUCCCGGAACCACCUCACACCAUCUUGGAGAGGAGCAGCCACGAGGUCGAGCUUGUCCUCAGUGCUCAGGUUGACUACGCCGAGUUCAAACUGGACACGGUCGAGGUUCAGCUGAAGCAGACUGAGCUCUUCCAGACAGAGAUAAGCACUUUCCAGAUGUCCAAUACAGGGAAUGUAGCCCUGAAAUACUGCUGGGUGGAGACUCUGGAGGAGGAAAUACCAUCAAAGAGUUCUGGGAGGCCGUUCUCGUCCACUCAGACACGUGAUUUCUUGUCCUCUACUGCUGAGGAUCUCUGGGCAGGGAAUCGUGCAAGGCUGGUGCAGCAGGCAUUGCUGCUCGAGUCAACUCAGCCCCAGCCAACUCAGCCCCAGCCAAGUCUGCGCCUUUCAAAGCAGCUGUGCCGCUCUUCGAAGGGCCUUAGCUCCUCCCCAGAAUUCUCUCCAAUUCCCGUCAAGGACCCACCACUGUUCUCCAUCGAGCCCCACUGCGGUACCAUCCCUGCUGGCCAGAAUCAGAUUUUCCGUGUGAAAUUCUUCCCAACGUGUGUGUGGGAAUUUAAGGCCGAAAUACUGUGCAGACUUCUUAACCUGAAGCCAUCUCAGAAGAGUCCACGGGUGUUUGUGAUGGGGAAAGGCUGUUUGCCAAAGGCUGAUCUGAAAUGCUCUACAUCACCGCAAAAAGGUGAAACCCAGAGCAGCAAACCCAAGAAGAAGGUGCAGCGGUCAGCAAAACCAGAGUGACACCAUUUGUGUCAUGGCUUCUCCUGCUCGUGGUUUCUCAGCCUUCAGCAGAGACCUCCCCAGCUACUCUUCAAGCCCCAACACCCAUCUCUACCUCAUCUCUGUACUACCUAAUAAACUGUGUCUGAACCCA